AUGAUGAUCAGGAGUGGCUGGCUGCUCUACGCCGACAUCGCCGGUCCGCUGGAGGAGACGUCGCUGCGAGGUGCACGCUACGCGCUGACCUUCAUCGACGACUGCACGCGCUUCGCCUGGACGUUUCUCAUCCGGCACAAGAACGAGGUCGGUGCGGCCCUGGAGCAACUGCGCAAGGACCGUCACAUCGUCAACGCCACGCUGCAGACGGAUAGCGACGCCGUCUUCAAGAGCCAGGACUUCACCGACCUGUGCCUGGCCUUCGACAUCAAGCAGCGCUUCUCGCCACCGCACUCGCAGGCCAAGAACGGAUCCGCAGAGCGCACCUUCCGCACCCUCUUCGAGACGGCACGCACAAUGCUGUUUGCUGCGGACCUGGACAAGCCGUUCUGGGACUUCGCCGUGCAACACGCCACGCUGCUGCACAACAUCGCGCCACGCAGGAGCCUCAAGGACAAGUCACCGUUCGAGGCCCUGACUGGGCACGCCUUCGACGUCAGCCUGCUGCGCGUCUUCGGCUCGCCGGCCUACGUGCAUGUGGAGAAGAGCAGCACGCGGCACAAGCUUGACCCACGCUCACGCGUCGGCGUCUACGUCGGCUUCGCCGAGGAGGACCAGGCCCACGUCGUCUGGAUGCCGGACACGCGACGCGUUGUCCACACCAUCCACGCUCGCUUCGGCGCCAUCAAGAACAAGGACGUCGCCUCCUCUCAGCAGCAGCAAGAGCAGGACAACAGCGGUGCCUCUGCUUCGCAUGCCAAUAAGACCGCUCAGCGUUCGACCGAGGACAGUGCCACCGGCGCUCCCACUGCACCACGUGCGGGGGAGCCGCAGCUCCAGCCACGCGCCCUUGGCGGCUCCGUCUGGGACCAGCUGCUGGUGUCCGAGACCCUCGGCGACAAGGACACCUCUGGUGACUCAACCACCACGUGUCACGUUGCCACCAGCGCUGCUGGUACGGGGGAGAAGACAUCAGCAGUGGGUGGUCAUCUACCAGACAUCGCUGCUGGCAGUGCUGUCACGUCAGCUGAGCCAGCCACCGUCAAGGAGGCGCUUGCCUCGCCAGACUCUGAGGAGUGGCGCCAAGCCAUCCUGGACGAGUUUGCGGCAAUGCAGGCCAAUGACGUCUACGACGUCGUGCCUCGCGCUGACCUUCCCAAGGGCCAGAAGGUGCUCCGCAGCAUGGUCAUCUUUCGGAAGAAGCGCGAUGACCAGGGCAAGGUAAUCAAGUACAAGGCGCGCUGGGUUGCCAAGGGCUACUCCCAGGUCCACGGUGUUAACUACACGGACACCUUUGCUCCGACGGCUACCAUCGCAGCCAUCCGCACCAUGCUCGCCAUGGCCGUCGCGCGUGGCAUGGACAUCCAGCAGAUGGACGUCAACACGGCCUUCCUCAACGCGCCCGUAGAUCACGAGAUCUACGUCCAGCCACCGGCCGUCGACGGCAUCUUCUCGCCGAAUACGGUCCUGCGCCUCAAGCGCGGGCUGUAUGGGCUGAAGCAGAGCCCGCGCCUGUGGAACCACACGCUGGACGCCUGGAUGCGCGAGCAGGACUUCGUCGCCACAGCCACGGACGCCUGCAUCUACCGCCGCACCUGCAAGGGUGGCAAAGUGAUGUGGGUUGCCGUCUACGUGGACGACCUGCUCAUCUUCGCCGACGGCGACAGCGACAUGGCCGCGUUCAAGAAGGCCAUCUCCAAGCGCUUCAAGAUGAAGGACCUGGGCAGCCCAGACAUAUGUCUCGGCAUCAAGGUGCAGCACGACCGCAAGGCCAAUACCGUCACCAUGAGCCAGGUGCACUACCUGCGCAACGUGCUGGAGACCUUCGGCAUGGCUGACUGCAAGCCUGUCGGCACGCCGCUCUGCACGGGCUACGUCGACAAGCCAGCCGACAAGGAGGAGCCACUCCCGGAUGUGCCGUUCCGCGAGCUGCUUGGCUCCCUCCUCUAUGCUGCGACGAUGACGCGCCCAGACAUCUCGGCGGCUGUCUCCAUCCUGUCUCGCCGUAUGCAGCACUUCGGCAUGGACCACUGGAAGGCUGCCAAGCACCUUCUUCGCUACAUCAAGGGCACCUUGUCCUACACCAUCAAGUACGCCGCCACUGGCGACGCCAGCAACGGAAGCACUGCCGACGGCCUGCAGGCCACCGUGGCCACAGCCUCCGCCGACGCGGAGUACAUGGCUCUCGCAGCCACCGCACAGGAACUCAUGUUCCUUCGCCAACUCCAGGAGGAGCUCACCGGCGCCGUCCUGUGCGAGCCCACGCUCGUCCACACGGACAACCAGCCGGCGCAGCGCGUUGCCGAACACGCCGCCUCGCGCAUGCGGCACAUCCUCGUCAAAUACCACUACAUCCGCGAGUGCGUCGACACCAAGAGGAUUGUGCUGAGCUACCUCGCCACGGAGCACAUGAUCGCAGAUCUCCUCACGAAGAUCCUCCCUCGGCCCAAGACGGCUCAGUUCUGCACGAUGCUGUUCGACCAGCGUCCUCUGCCAGGCUGCCAGCCACGGGCCCGUCCUCAUUCGGGCCGGUCGCCACGUCCUUCGACUCCGCGUCAGGACCUCUGA